AUGCUGCAUUCUCGUCUUCGGCCAGCUGCCCGUGGCAACCCCACUGCAGCCAGUCACACGAGGCCUACGGCCCUAGCGCCAGAAUUCGACGAUGCAAAUGAGAGUUCAGAUCCUGAAGAGUCCCAAGAAGACCUCUUCAGUGCGUUUCUGCCUCAUCUCUUUCCCGAUGAUGCACCCUCGUUCCACGGUGAUCCCGGGCAGCGCCUGAUCUAUACGUCCCCGCGCUAUGGCGAGCUAGAAAUCAUGGUUCCAUCCUAUCCAGGCCAAACGAGAGAUAAUUCUGAAAAAGGGACAAAUGGACCGGAAAAGAAGGAUGAGGGUAAUCAGGCCGAGGAGGGAAGGAAGCUGUUUGCGCAUAUUCUGUGGAGUGCGGGAAUGGUGGUAGCAGAAGGUGUAGAGAAUGCGGAUUGUAAGGCGAUGGAGAACGUGUCUGCUGCGCAAAAAGAGGCUUGUGAGGUUUGGUCUGUGCAGGGAGAAACGGUCUUGGAACUCGGCGCCGGCGCUGCUCUCCCCUCUCUUAUUUGCGCACUCGCCAAUGCCUCGCUGGUCGUCGCAACGGACCACCCUAGUUCGUCAGCUCUUAGCGGUGCAAUUGAUUUUAACGUAAGGCAGAACGUCCUCCGACAUCAAACCUCACAUCAGACCACUACCUCUAUCCAGCCCCAUGAAUGGGGGACUCUCACAGACUCCUUUUCACAAUCCCACAGGGGGGCUUUUACUCGCGUCAUCGCCGCCGACUGCUUCUGGAUGCGCUCGCAGCAUGAGAACCUCGCGCGAACGAUGCAGUGGUUCCUUGCACCGGGAGGCAGAGUCUGGUGUGUUGGCAGUUUCCACACGGGUCGGGCCAUCGUGGCAGGCUUCUUUGAAACCGCACUCGAAAAUGGCUUUGAGAUGGAGCAAAUUUUCGAGAGGGAUUUAGUCGAUAGGGAUGAACAGGGCAGGGAGAUCCGGCGGGAAUGGGUUCCCCAACGGGAGGGCGAAGGUCCGGAGAAUCGUCAGCGAUGGUGUGUGAUUGCGGUUCUGAAGCGGAGAGAGGAAUACUGGAGGGACCUGGGCUGA